AUGUUCUAAUAGAAUUAGCAGUCAUAAAAUUAGUAAGCAUAGAACUUAAUGCAUAUUUAGUUGAAUGGUAAUACCUAGCUUGGGUUAGGCGCCUUACAAACAAUUAAUGUCAAACCAAUAAAGCUUCAAAGUCGCGCUCAAUCAUUAAACCCCAAUUUAAGAAUAAGUGAAAGAAACAAAUAGACAACUUAAACCAGCAGCAACAGACAAAAUAUUUCAAAUAAAUCUCCAAAUAACUUGCAAACUUCUAAGAGCGGAGGCCUCCAAACUCAAAACGCUAAUUAAAAAUUAUCAAGUUCAAGUGCACCUAAGAAAAUAUCUGGCAACUUUAGUUCAAGAGUAAUUUACAGAGCUAAAACUAAAAAUGAAGACGAAAUAAUUAAGAAAUAGUCAUCGCAGACAUCGAUAUCCACAAAUGGAUAGGAAAAGAAAGGAGAAAUUAUUCGUUUUGCCACUGAGUCAUAAAUUAAUAACGAAAACUCUACUCCUAAUAGUAAAAUUUAGCUCCCUCCAAUAUAAGAAAAAAAUAGCUAUAAAUUUUAUAUUAACUCUCAGAGCAGCAACAACUAAGUAAGCCAAGAUCAAAGUCCUCCUUUAUAAGGGCUACAGGCUUUUAAUAUAAAUAAAAACAAAGAAAAUUAAUUCACUAAGAAAAGACAUUUCGACUUUUUAGAGCGCACAAAAGUGAAAAAUUAAAGUGAAGAAACUGAUCUUUUAAAAAUGCAUCGCUACUUUAGAUGCAAAGUAUCUAAUUUAAUAACUGGUUCGGGUAAAAAAUAGUAUUAUCUAUAAUAUUUAAAAGAUAUGAAGGACUUAAUGACUAAAGUAAAGCAGUAUGAGAGGGUAGCAAAACAAAAUCUAUUUAUCAAUGAUGUAAUGAACAAGCUAAAGAAAAUUGUGGCCACUAGGGCUAAGUAUAAAUAUAAGGAAAAGAUUGACUUUACUCGUUCUAUUAUCAUGAGAACGCUGGGAUAUGAAUCUAGGUAAAUUAUUUAGUAACUUAAAGAGAAUAUGGCAUUAGAAGAAUAAGAGUAUGAAGAUUUAGAAGAUGAUGCUGACAGAGAGUAUGAAGAGUUAAAGAAGAAAUAAGAAUAACAAGCUCUUGAUAAAAACUAAAAGAAAGAGCUUAUUUCAUCUGAAAUAAUUGCUAACUGGAAGAAAAUGAGAGGGUAUUAACCAAAUCAGAAGGUUUUCAUAUGCAUAGGUCAAUAUACUGACCUCAAGAAUUACUUAAAAGAACAAGGAUGGAUUGAAAAUCCUAAUCCAGAGAGUCUUGUUUUUGAUUUAAAGUGGGUUACAAAAAAGAAGGAUGUUGACAAAGAUCUCCUACUUGAUUAGUAAAUCACAAAUCACUUCUAGAAGAAUCAUAAUUUGACUUCUAAAAAUGGAAUAGCUUUAAAUCUAAGAAAUCUUAUUUGGUACGAUAGCGUAGAUAUCGAUACAUUUUAUCCUCGUUGCUUUGAUCUUAGUGAUGUUUAGGAAUUUGAAGACUUUAUUGAAGAAUUCAAAUUCACCUAAGCAGAAAGCAUUCUCAAACAAUACGUUGAAAAUAAACUUGUUAUUGAUCAGAAAGCUAAGUAGUACGAAAAAUAUCUUAGAUUGAAAAUUCUUCUUGCUUGUGUUGCUUUAAAGAGAAGAACAUUCUCAAUUGAAAAGAAAAUUUCUCUGAUUUCUGUGAAUACUUUGCCAAUUAUAUCACCUGAAGAGUGGAGUGUCCUAAAUAGAUAAGAUAAUAAUUAUUUGUUUUUAGAACAAAAUCCUGAUGUUUAUCACAGGCUAAGUCAGAUUAUAACUAGAGAAAUGGAUAGCGAAGAGUCGAAUGCUGUUGAUUUGUCAAAACUUGCUCAAAAAUAUCUAGAGGCUUCAAAGGAAUAUGACCCCUAAUAUGACUUGAAUGAAAAGAACCUUUGGAUUGUCAAGCCUGCUGGGCUUUCUAGAGGAAGAGGUAUUAGAGCAUUUGACUAGCUUGAACCUCUAUUAAAUUAUAUCAUGGGCAAAGAUGUUAUGUGGGUAGCUCAAAAAUACAUGGAAAACCCUUUAACAAUUCAUAAAAAAAAGUUUGAUAUUAGACAAUGGGUGUUAGUCACUGAAUGGAAUCCUCUGACAAUAUACUUUUAUGAUACAUGCUAUAUUAGAAUAUGCUUUGAUGAAUAUGAUCCAAGUGAUUUGUAGAAUAAAUUUGCUCAUUUAGCUAACAAUUGUAUAUCUAAACAUGCAGAUAACUUUGAAGAGAAAGUCAAUGACACUAUGAUGUACUUGGAAGAUUUCGUUGAAUACAUUAAAAAAAUAGAAGGAAAAGAUAUGUUUUACUCAAAGAUAUAGAAAGAAAUGAUGAAUAUUGCUAUUAACUCUAUUAAGAGUUGUAAGGAUAGCAUUGAACCCAGAAGAAAUUCUCUUGAACUCUACGGAUAUGAUUUUAUGGUUGAUCAAAACUACAACACUUGGUUAUUAGAAAUCAACUCCAGUCCUUCCAUGGAAUAUUCAACACCUGUAACAACGAAAUUAGUUAAAAUGGGGUUAGAAGAUACAGCUAAAGUUAUCCAUCAUCACUUUGUAGAAGGUGAAAAGAGAUUUAACAAAAAUAUUGAAUAUGGUCUAUGGAAAAAUAUCUAUAGAGAAUAAAAAUGA